CUUCGCAUUAUCUGUGGCGAGACAAAACCUAACCAAGCUCUCAAUUAUUCUCUCUGUUGUGGUUCAUCAAUCGUUUCCUUUAUAUAUCUGAUAUAUAAACCAUAUCAUUGUAUUUCUCUCUUGAUCUCUCUCUAGACAAACACGAAAAUCCAAAUUUUCAGCAAAUUUGAUUUUGUUUUUCAGGUUGAUCACUGAUCCUUAGCAGCAGCACCACCAAAUCAAAUCCGAGACAGUGGCUAUGGAUUCUAAGAUUAACAGAACUGAUCCUUCCAAAACUACUAUGCGCAAAUCAUCUCCAGGAUCUUUAGGAGUGCCUAAACUGAGUCGAAUGAUGACUAGACCUGAACCUAAUUAUCUUUCACCGACCCGUCUUUCACUUGACCGGUCUCGUAAGGUUCCAACCACACCAGAAAGAACUCAUACACGGGCAGUGAUAGCAUCAUCAUCAGAAUCUAACUUAAGGAAGAUCCAACUUAAGGAAGACCUGAGGAAAGCUAAUGAGCUGAUAGCUUCCCUUGAGAAUGAUAAAUCUUUACUAUACAACAAACUCCACGAGGCUUUAGAAGCUCAGAAGAUGGCCGAGGAGGAUUUCGAGAUUGAAAAAUUCAAGGCCGUCGAAGCAGGAGUAGAUGCAGCUCAGAGAAACGAAGAAGAACUGAAGAAAGAACUCGAGAUUGUCAAGAACCAACACGCUUCAGACUCAGCUGUUCUUCUUUUAGUAACCAGGGAGCUUGAGAAAGUAACUCAAGAACUGGCUGCAUCUAACGACGCCAAGAACAUGCUUCUGAGUCAAGCAGAGAAUGCUAGCAAGAACUUGAAAAGUGAGCUCGAGAAGGCGAGGUGUUUUCAAGCAGAGGUUAAAAGACGAGAUAAGAUCAUUGAGAAGCUUGACGGUGAGAUAGAAGUUCUGAAGAUGGAAAAGUCUUACGCGCAAGGCUCCGCCCUAGUAUUAGAGAGAGAGUUAGAGGAAGCCAACAUGAUGAAGAGAUCAGCCUCGGCUUCUCUUGCAUCUUUGACGAAAGAGCUAGAAGAAAGCAAUAAAAGAUUGCACGCCGUGGAGUCUGAGAUGGCUGAUCUCAUGGAUAAGGCCAAGCUGAUGGCGACGGUUGGGAGUAGGCAAUGUCAGGAUCUUGGGAAGUCACAGCAGCUGCUAGAGACUGCUGAAGAGUUGUUAUCAAAGGCUGAGAAAGAGGCGAGGAAGCUCAAGGCUGAGCUUGAAACCGUCAAGGAGGAGAAGAGACAAGCGUCGAGUGAAUCACUCGUGUUGAGAGAGAAGCUGUUGAGCCUAGGUGGUAAGGAUUACGAGACGCAACUGGAACAUUACAAGAAGAUGCUUGACGAGGCGAGGCAUGAGAUCGAUGUGCUUGUCAGUGAGGUUGAACAGACCAAGAUGAGAGAGACCGGUUUGGUGAACCACGUGAAGAAGUGUGAUGAAGAGGUAUCUUCAAUGGGGAAAGAGAUGAACAGGUUGGGAAACUUGGUUAAAAAGACAAAGGAAGAAGCUGAUGGAGCGUUGAGGAAAGAGUCUCAGAUGAGAGAUGAUCUUAAAGAAGUGGAAGAUGAGGUGAGUUAUCUUCAGGAGACUCUCAGGGAAGCGAGAGCUGAGAGUUUGAAACUAAAUGCGAAAAUGCUGGACAAAGAAACGGAGUUUCAAAGCGUUCUUCAUGAGAAUGAUUUGCUCAGAGUGAAACAGGAUGAUUCAAUGAAGAAGAUCAAGGAGUUAGAGGAAGCAUUGGCCAAGAAAGACACAGAGGAGGAUGAUGGUGAACAAGACUAUGAUUUAGUAGAAACCCUUGAUGGCAUGAACGUGAAGCUUGAGGAGAACAGAGAAGAGAAAGAAGAUUCUACAGAUGGUGAUGAUGAUGAUACAGUUGAAGUUGAAUAUAGUAUGUGGGAAAGUUAUCAUACUGGGAAGAAAGAAGCUUUCCACAAGGGGAAGUAAAUAAACAUCUCUUUGAUUACUUGCAUGUUUUUUUUUUCUUUUGUGUGGUGUUGCGGAAUCUGUGGCUUGUUACAUAUACAGAGGCACAUACAUCACUCUUCAUUGUUUUUGACUCCAUAAGUGUUCUAUGUUUCUUCUUAUUUAUGACUUUUGAAAUAGGUUUUUGUUCAGUUGGGGCUAAUAUAUGAUUCUUUACUU